GUCUCUGAUAUUUGUCUUCUUCCUCCGGAUGUUUGCCCGUCAGCUGAAGGUUUCCGGUGCGUCAUCAGUGAUUUUCCGGUGAGGUUCCCAGCACGCAGACAUGCCACUUGCAAAGGAUCUUUUGCUCCCGAGCUCUGAGGAGGAAAAGAGGAGACACAAGAAGAAACGCCUCGUUCAGAGUCCUAAUUCUUAUUUUAUGGAUGUCAAAUGUCCAGGUUGCUACAAGAUCACCACAGUGUUCAGCCACGCUCAGACUGUAGUGCUGUGUGUCGGCUGUUCCACAGUCCUCUGCCAGCCUACAGGAGGGAAAGCUCGCCUUACAGAAGGAUGCUCAUUCAGGAGGAAACAGCACUAGUUUGACCAGAUGUGGUUGGACACAGUUGAGGAGGAGAAUGAACAGCGCUUGAUGGACAUCAAGUAACACUGCCAUGGAGCUGAUGAAGCAUUUAGGGAAAUGAAGAGCGGGAAAACAGAAUCAUGUAAUAUAAGACGUCUCUCUACAGAAUAUGCACAGAGAAAUGCUUGGUGUGGUUGAGAACCCCACCAACACCACAUCUCCAUUCACUCGUCUCUCUUAAUAAACUUAGGUUGUUUUUUGGUAAAAAAAUAAUCAUGCAUGAUUGUCAUCCAGUUUGUCCUUUUUACCUCGUGAAGGUUCUUAGGUGUCAUUUGUCUGGUAAAAGACUUGUCAGCUCAGGACUCCUUAAAAAUAUGCUGGUAAAGAUCAGGGCAUUUGAGGACUCUGGUUUCCUCCAAGUGUACAGAUGUGGUGCCUCGACUGUUUGUGGCGAGUGAUUUGCAUUUGUCUGCAUUAUACCCUCAAUAAUUAAGCACAAACAAUUACAGGGAGGUGAGGCUGCACGUUUACUUUUUAAAACGAGACUGGUUCUAGGAAAGGAGACACACUGGCUGAAAUAGCAAAUGACAUCCAAUAAACUGUCCUUAAUUGCAGUUGUAUUAAGUUAAAGCUGCACUCAGUGUAAUUGAAUGUUAUUUGAUGUGUUAGGGCUGGUAAUUAAUUUGAAGGUAGAAAAUGAUGUCCGAUGUACACUCUGAAUUAGGGUUGAUUCAGGGAAAGUCACCACUAACUCUGCUUUGGUUUCCUGGUGUAUGUAAAUCACAAAACACUGAUGUUGAAACUAAAUGUCAUGAAUGAUUAUGGUUGUGACCUAACGUGUGCUUGCGAGCUUCUUGUGCAAAUGAUAAAUGUUGGAUGAAUUCUUGUGAAGUUGCAAAAAACAAUCCCACUGGCUCCCAGUUUACACAUAGCUGUAGUUCAGGCAUUAGGCUCUGGGUGACUGCAUUGAGUUGUACAUUGAAUGAAGAAAUAAAUUCAGCAGAGUGAGUGAAUUUUAACUUUGUUGUUGCUAUGGUGACAUUUUUCUUACUUCUUGCUUGUAUAUUGGAUACGGCUUAAAAAUAAAAUCGUGAUAAAUAAUGA